CAACGCUACGCUUGUGCUAGCACGAUGAAUAUUUCGCAAAUCGUUGAAAUUGUAAAUAAAUAACAAACUGAUGUUUAACGUUAUUCUAAGACAUAUUGAAAAAAAUUAAAAUUGGUAGACAAUAGGCCGAGUAAAAUCAAUAACUGUAACUAGUGCGCUCCAUACAUAAAUGUAAUACGCCCACCCUGUCAAUAAUAAGGCAGGAUGUCGGAUGAAGAAGAUGAGUCCUUGUCGGAGGGCUUUUCCGCUAGUGAAGACGAGUGGAAGCCCACUAAGGAUGUGCGCGGUGGUGAAUCCUCUGACGAUGAUGAUAGCGACUUUGAGGAAGCACCAGCCGCUGGGGCAGCUGUAGGUGGGGCCUCUGCUCGCGCCUUAGCAAACACAGUGGCAGGGAAAAAGAGAGAACAAAAACAACCUAGUGGCAUAAAGGGAGCCUCUGUGAAGAAACGUAAGCCAAGCGGUCAAUCGCUGCGUUCAAAACUAUACAACAAAUAUCGACCGCCACCAAAAACAUUCCCCACAUCACCCUCCCAGAACUCACCUUCGGCGUCGAGCUCGAAUCGUGCUACGGCCUCAAAAAACGCCAGAACGCCCAAUGAAAGCGGUGCGCGCGAACGCAACGUUGACUCCAGUAGCGAAUCCAGUGUCGAGGACUACCUGGUUAAUCCCGCUGAUAUUGAUCUUGGUUCGACUUUCUUUACCGCGCCAGCCAAAGAUAGAUCUCCUGCACCCCAAUUUGAUUGCAAUGCGGGUAUAGCAAAUCUCUCCGACUCAGGCUCUGAGGACAACAACGAAUCCAGCAUAGAGGAAAGUACUACAAAUGCGUUCGAUUUUCGCAGUCUUCUUGAAAAUGCCAACAGUCUGGAGCGCACUAAAGAUGCGUUAGCUAAGCGUACCGCCACUGCUGCACCACCCAGUCAGGGGCACGGAAAAAAGGAUGCUAAAACUGCAGCUAUGGAUGUCAAUGCACUGCUUGCAUUGGGCGAAAACCAAAACUACGACAACGGGCCGAGCGUGAAUGAAAAAGAGUAUUUGGAAAAGCAACCGCUACCUGAUGAUGGACCGCCGCGGCUCAGCAAGACUAAAUCAACGCGCGUAAAGCGACAUACCAAGACGCGUCCAGCCUCUACUGUGGUGGCGGAGAACGAUACCGACGAUUCCGAGUGGGAGGAAGUUGCAGGCGCCAUUGAUGAGGAGAGCGACUGUGAUGUCACUCCGAAUGUUUCUGGGGACUUGGAAAUCCAUGUCGACCUGCCUUCAAGGCAUGCUAACAAGGAGAAGAAAACACAACACGACCUAGAGCUGGCCUUAAAACGACGAAUGAAUCGCGAUAUUAAAGAUAAGCAGCUUUUGUUACACAAAGUCAGUUUGAUGUGUUUAAUUGCUCGCAGCUAUAAAUACAAUCGGCUGUUGGGCCAUACCAGUCUGAUGCAGGCUGCCCUAAAGUUGCUACCUAGUAAGAACGCGUAUCCAACGCAACGUGGCACAGAGUUAAAAUACUUGCAAUCCUUUGUAACUUGGUUCAAGACCGCCGUUAAGCUAACAACUCCGAAUUUGUAUCCCGAGAAGACGUCAAAAUCAAAAACUGGCAUUAUCGAUGAGCUUCUAGCGCAGAUCAAACGCAAGGAAGCACGCUGCAAGCAGGAUAUGAUCUUCAUAUUCAUUGUUCUUGCGCGUGGAAUGGGAAUGCAUUGCCGCCUGAUCGUAAAUAUGCAGCCGUUACCGUUGCGACCGGCAACCGCCGACCUUAUUCCGAUCAAGCUUAAGGAGGAGAAUGCAUCAACAAACCAGAAAAACAACACCCAACCAAAUGAAACAGAUGAGGGCAAUGAUGAUGCCAACGAUGACGAAUCAAUUCAAAAGGCUAGUAAGAAAUCUAAACAAAAGAACGCUUCAAAAACAAAGAGCUUAGAACAGAAAAGGGAAAAAACUAGCACUAAGUCUAAUUUGGAAUCGUCCUCGAAAACUAAAGAUAACGACAAAGAAAAGUCAACUACCAGAAUCACAUUAAAAAUUGAAACAAAAGGCAAUUCUAAAGCCGCUGAACAAAAUGCGAGCAAAAAUUACGUGGUACACGAUAAACCGAGUACUUCUCGUUCCCAGCAUAAAGAGGAAGUAAAAUCUAAAAUAAGCAGUAGUAGUGAAAAUGAAGCCAAAGGAAAGCCGAAGCUUUCGCGGCUCAAACGUUCAAAGACCACUGUGACCAAUGUGGAUGCUGAAACAAUCAAAAAACCUAAACUUUCAGCUGAAGAAAUAAGCACGCAAGUAAAUCGCACACGUAAAGCUCUGGGUGAAAAGGAAAAGCAAAUCGUACCCAAUGAAUGUGAUUUGCCCAAAGUUCAAAUUGGCUCGCCAAUAAUUCCCAAAGUAGUACUUCAGGGGACCAGAACCACCAAGCGCAACAUUAAAAACAACGAUUCGGAGAAUGCAAAUCCCAGCUCUAUUUCCCAACUCAAACCUCCUGAGACUCGAUCACGAAGCAAAUCACCUAAAGUACACAUAUCACCUACAUUUUUGCAGACAAACAUUGCAAUGAAGAAAACAGUCGGACGCUCUAAGCUGAAAACUACUGCUGAACGUACAAACAAUCAGGAUGGAUUGCCAACGCUUCAUAAAACUAAUUCCAACGAAGAACCCGCUAGUGAAAAAAUGCCGGUUACGCGACAGCUUCGUACGCGUCAACAGAAAGCUAUGGCGGCGAAAGCCACGGGUCUCUCUAUACCACAGUUCGAUGGUGCCGAUGAUUCUGUUCCUGUGCCUAAAAAGCGACCCAAAUUGGAGAAACUGCAGAAAUCACGGAGUAAUGAAGAUUCAGAUGAGGACUUUGAGCCGAGUCCGGCGAAGCCCGUGAAAAAGUCACCAAUGCUACCUAAAGCGGUACAGAAUUUGCGGAAAGAUCGACGCGUACUCUCAACCGAUGAUGAAGCUGGAGGCAAGGAGAAACGUAAAUCAACUGCUGCAGAUAUGUGGAUAGAAAUUUGGUCCGAAGUUGAAGAGCAAUGGAUCUGCAUUGAUUUGUUUAAAGGAAAGUUGCACUGUGUCGAUACCAUACGGAAAAGUGCUUCAUCAAACUUGGCUUAUGUAUUUGCGUUUCAAGACGAUCUGAGCCUGAAAGAUGUAACUGCCCGCUACUGUCCCAGCUGGACGACAACGGUGCGCAAGGGGCGUGUAGAGAAAGCGUGGCUCGACGAAACCUUAACACCCUAUCUGGGACGUCGCACAAAACGCGACAUUGUUGAAGAUCAACAACUUCGCCGUAUUCAUGAAGAGAAACCAAUGCCAAAGUCGAUAUCCGAAUUCAAAGAUCAUCCGCUCUAUGUACUGGAGCGGCACUUGCUCAAGUUUCAGGCUUUGUAUCCACCCGACGCCCCCACGCUGGGCUUCAUUCGAGGUGAGCCUAUAUAUGCUCGAGAGUGUGUGCAUCUUUUGCACUCUCGUGAUAUUUGGCUAAAGCAGGCGCGAGUUGUUAAGUUGGGCGAGCAGCCUUACAAAAUAGUGAAGGCUCGCCCCAAAUGGGAUAAGCUGACGCGCACAGUUAUUAAGGAUCAGCCCCUCGAGAUUUUCGGAUUUUGGCAAACACAGGACUAUGAGCCUCCUACUGCAGAGGGAGGCCUAGUUCCCAGGAAUGCAUAUGGAAAUGUUGAGUUAUUUAAGGCCUGUAUGUUGCCGAAAAAAACUGUGCAUCUUAGGUUGCCCGGCUUGAUGCGCAUAUGCAAGAAAUUGAACAUAGACUGCGCUAAUGCGGUUGUCGGAUUCGAUUUCCAUCAAGGUGCUUGCCAUCCAAUGUAUGAUGGUUUCGUUGUAUGCGAAGAGUUUCAAGAUCAAGUGACAGCGGCUUGGUAUCAAGAUCAAGAGGAACGGCAACGGAAGGAGCAGGAGAAAUACGAAGCGCGUGUUUAUGGGAAUUGGAAAAAACUAAUCAAGGGUCUCAUUAUACGCGAACGUCUAAAGAAAAAGUAUAACUUUUAAUUCUGCUCCUCUGAAUGAGUUAAUAUGAAUUGAAGUAAUCAUGAAUUGUCUGUUUAUUUUAUAUUUUUCUACCCCACGCAUAUGAUACGAAUGAAAAAUUGUUUCAAUAAAAUGUCUAAAGAUUUAAAAAGUUCAA